CGAGCACUCUUGCUGAAUAGCAAGCUUUAUUUGGAGAGCGAACUGAUGUUACUGUUACUGUUAGCGUUGGUACCAGCGCAAGGCCUCAAUCAUGGAGCGGCUGGGUCCAGUGGCUGAUUAUCCCGAUUUAGUCAUCACCGCCCUUCCAGUCGAUACUCGUCCGGUAACCCGUCUUCACUUGAUUGCAGCGUCAAUGAUUACUCGAUCGCGUCCCAUUCGACGUUUCGUUUCCUCGGGUCGGACUGGAUGCUGGAUGCUUAGUCUACGAAAGACCUGUUUCUCUGUGCUCAAAUUCAUCGAGACAACUUUCACAGUGAUAUCGGAUCAAAUGAGUCAUCAGGACUAUGGACAACUGUUCGAAGGAGGUGAUAAAAUAGGUCUAGAUAAUCAGAGAAUCCUUUCUUCUCCCUCGUUCCAUAGUAUUGAGCUCCCAUAAGUGAAGCCUUCGAUGAAUAACGCCUCGCCGCGCACUUUGAGGUUUUUCCAAAUUAUCGGGAUCAUGCCUUCUACCUGCCACAAGGUGAGAGCGAAAAGUGAGGCAAGUAGUCACGUAUCACCGGCUACAGCUUUCACGAGCGAGUCGCGAUGCGAAUAAAAGGAACACGCACUCGAGUGGCGAGGGUGCCUGGGGAUAAGCACCCUUUCAGAGUCUCAAUAAGAACUAGC